UCCAUAACUAGAACCUAUGAAAUUUUUGUGCAGGUAGAUAAAGAAGUGGAUCCUUUAUUAGGACGAAAUCCCUUUAUUUUAUCAGGAAAUGAAUGGAAGGGAAACAGAGGCGAAGUGACGCCUGCACUGACGACUAAUAGGAUAAAAGCUAGCUAUCCGAUAAUGUUAUCUGUUUGUGGAAAAAUGACCAAAUAUCUCGAAAAAGAAACCAAGAAACAUAUUGCAGAUGGAAUCGAAGCCAGAGAGUUGGCAGCUAGAUAUACGACCGAAGUCGUUAGUAAUUGCAUCUAUGGAAUUGAAGCUGGGGCAUUCGAGGAGGGGCCUUGUGAAAUUCGCGAAAAGGGAGCCGCUGUUUUGGACCAAUCCUCUGCGUCGAUAGCAUAUUUCAUGUUGAUGUCUACACUACCGGAUUGUUUUAGAGGAGUCUUCAAGCGGCCAUUUAUGAAGAAAGAUAUGCAAACAUAUUUCAUACAACUCAUGAAGGAAGCCAUCAGAAUUAGACAGAACACAAUAAGUGAUCGGGUUGACUUCUUGAAUUAUUUACUGCAGCUAAGGGAGAAGAAGAAUUUGUCUGAAAUAGAGGUGGCUGCGCACACAAUAACAUUUUUCGCCGACGGUUUCGAAACAUCGAGUGUACUGAUUUCGAACUGUAUAAGAUGCCUUGCUCAACAUGAAAGUGUCCAACAGAAACUCCGUGACGAGAUAAAUAAAACAAUGAAAGAAAAUGGGGAAGUGUCAUUUGAAAACCUGCAGGAGCUGUCCUACCUAGACCAAUGCAUUAAUGAAUGCUUACGAUUAUAUCCACCGGCGAUUGCUUCCAAUAAAAUGUGCUCAAAUACAUGUGAAUUAAUGUCUAGUAAAGAAAAACCCAUUAAAAUUGAAAAAGGAACUCCAAUUCUGCUACCCUUUUACGCACUGCAUCAUGACCCGGAGUAUUACCCAAACCCGGAAGCAUUUAUACCAGAACGCUUCAGCCCUGAAAAUGGUGGGGCCAAAAAAUACAAAGAAAUGGGCGUAUUUCUUCCAUUUGGUGAUGGACCACGAAUUUGCUUAGGUAUGAAAUUCGCGUUAUACCAAUCCAAGGCAGCUAUUGUGGAAGUAAUACGAAAUUGGAAAGUUAAGUUGAACCCAAAGACAAACCCAAAUUUCAUCAUCGAUACUCAACAUUUUCUGUGCGUUCCUGAAGGGGGAACUUGGGUGGACUUUGAACGAAUUAAUAACUGAUAUAAUUAGAGGAUUUAAUGUAGCCACAAUUUAAAACAAAGCAUCGAAUGGUUAAAGUAAAUGUUAGUAGACACGAAGGAAAUACAUAAAAAAUACAAACAG